AUGCAGGCCACGAAGAUCGAUGCAGCCCUCCGAAGAGCAACCGAAGAAUUCGGCCUCUGCCCCAACCGCGUCUGGGCAAUCGGCCACAACCUCUCAGACUGGGAGACAAAACUCCCCGACUUGAUUCCUACCAGCGAACAAAUGCGAAAUUCGCGCGCUCGGAUAAUCCGACACGAGGGCCAUGAAUACUGCACAUUCGAUCUCUGCGAGCAGUCCAUGCUCAACUUCACCUCCGUCGCUCAACGACACGAGCGCCCAUCCUGUCUACGGAGACCGGGACAUUUACCGCUGCCCUGCAGUACGCUGAAGGGCAUGUUUCCAAGAGACUUACUGGACAAGGCAUCGCUUGCUGGGGAGCCGACCGCGUGGAGACUGGACGGCCAGUCGCUUGUUAGCGUUGCGGAGCCAUACAUGGCCAUCUCGCAUGUCUGGGCUGAUGGUAUGGGCUCAGGCGCGUGGGCCGAAGGAGAGGUCAAUGAGUGUCUUUAUCGGUUUUUCGAGCGGAUUGCGCGACGCUGGCAGUGUAAGGGGAUUUGGUGGGAUCCGAUCUGCAUCCCGACGGAUAAGGCUGCGCGGGCGCGGGCGAUCAACACGAUGGAGCGGAACUAUGAGAGUGCACGGAUUACGCUAGUCCACGACUGCUACAUCCGAAAUUGGGAAUGGGUUGAUGGCGAGACUGCUUGUCUGGCGAUUAUCAUGUCUCCGUGGUUUAGUCGCGGGUGGACGGCGCUAGAACUGGCGCGGUCGCGAAAUGUCAAAGUUAUGUUCAAGGGAUCGGUGAUUAAAGAUCUGGACGAGGAUAUUCUUUCAAAAUCAGAGGAUGACUCGGCCUGUCAUCGAUAUGCGACUGAGGCAAUUAAGGGUCUGCGGAAGAAACGCAUUAGAAGCCUCAAUGAUCUGUUGACGGUCCUUGGUUCACGGUCAACCUCCUGGCCGCGCGACAUGGCAGUCAUCUCCUCACUCCUUGUUGGAAUCCAGGAGGCUGUUGGAGAGAAGCAACAGGAAAUUUACCGGGCAAUUUUGGGCAAGAUUGGCUGGGUCGCUCACGGCCAUCUAUUUCAUAGGUCCGCGACAAUGACAGGGGGGUUCAGCUGGUGUCCGACGAAUUUGCUGGCAUUGCCUGUGGCUGGCACUUCGAGUGCAAGGGAACUCACUAUUCUGUAUGACGGAACGCUCAGAGGGGAAUGGAGCGUAAUUCAGCCAAAGUCCAUCCCGGCAGCGCGAUACGUGCUGCACACCGGGUUUCCGCUUGUGGACAUGAAAAUAAGUAUGACACUAGAGUCAGGCAGCCAGUGCGUGCUCCUGGGCGAGCCCGAUGUAGCACUGUUCAGACGAGCUAUCGCAGUGAGGAUGCUUAGUUCGCAGGAAGGCCUUUAUGAGUUUAUGGGCCCUGUCUAUUUCAGCCCUCCACUGGCCCGCGAUGAGGUCGAAUGGGAAAACAAGGAUAUCACCAUUGGAGCCAGGAAGAAGAAAAAGGAGGAGGCGGAGGAGACGAAAUCACAUGAAGAGUCUGUUCGUUUUCCGCCAACGCCGCUGAAACAGGAGCCCCCUUCGUAUUUAAAUCUUCGGACCCGAUGGGGCAAGUUGUCCAAGGACGGGGACGAGAAAGAAAAUUCCAAGCCCACAGACACGCGCCUGGUGGAGGCUGUCAUGGAUGGUGACGAAAGUAAAGUAUGGGAGCUCUUCCAAUGGGGCACGAUCGGAUCUUCUCCUCCCCCUAUCAAUCUGCAGGGUAGUGGUGGUUGGACUGCUAUGCAUCAUGCGGUGCGAAGGGGCCACCACGACAUCAUAUCUAAGCUCUAUCUAGAAGGUGCCAAAUCAGAUAUCCGGGACGAGCUAGGCCAGCAAAGCAUUCACCUGGCCGCUGAACGGGGCGACGAGGAAUUACUUAUCUAUUACCCUCAAUUCAUGGAAGGGCAUCAGCCUUGCAAAGAUGGACAGACCGCACUUCAUCGGGCAGUGCUAGGAGAGUGCCUAGCUGUUGUUAAAAUAUUACUCAACAAGUUUGGUGCUGAGAUGAUGGAUGCUCAAGAUUCGCUUGGCCGAACGGCGCUACAUCUCUCUGCCGAACUGGGACAGAGAAAAAUCAUCGCGGAGCUGAUCUGCAGGAACGCAAACAUGGAGUUGAAGGACAGCGCCGGACGCACAAUCCUUCAUUAUGCGGCUAUGAAUUGGAACAAUGAUCCGGUAAUACUAGACACUCUACUAGGGUACGAGAUACUGGAGACUCUGCAGGAGUAUGACAUCCUCAACCUUCCUGACAAUGACGGACGUAUGCCACUCCAUUACGCGGCCAGUAUCGGCUAUGUUGACUACUUAAAUGUGCUUGUGAACAAGACGCACCUGGGAGUCAAGGACUCAAUGGGACAAACAGCACUUGAAAUAGCCGCUGAUGCUGGUCAUCUGCCAGCCAUACAAUUUCUACUCGACAAAGACAUUGAGCGAAAAGAGCUCCCGCAAGCCUCAAUUGAUACCGCGUUGCAUAUAGCGGCAUCUGCUGGUGAAUUAGAAAUGGUCCAGGCUCUUGUCAAUCACGGAGCAAGCAUCUGUUCAGGAGACUCAGGGAUCAAAACAGCUCUGGAGGCCGCAUUGGAACAAGAACACCCUACAGUUAUCUUGUAUUUGACAGAGUGUGUUCUUUCAUCGGACCCGCCCGGCGAGGUUCCCGCUGGCUGGGUUGAAGUGGUCAGAAAGCGACGGCCAAUUUACUGA